UCCAAAAUUUGCGUUCUUUUGUGAUCAAAAGGGGUAAUGCUAAUGCAUUUGAAAAUCACCUGCAAACGUCUAUAUCGUGGAACUAUUACAUCAAUUUCUCUAAUACAAAUUUUGCUCCAUGGUCCACACUCCACACCCUUGUUUCAACUGGUUCAUUUAAUCGAAAACUCCCGAAUGGUUUAUCCUGCUUAAUGAAAGAAUUUUGUUUUCCAGAUUUUAUGCCUCUGUGCUAACAGGAGGCAGAGUUCUUUCAAUUGUGUUUCUCUUAAAUUCUCUUUCAGACAUAUGAGAAGGCCUUAAUUCAGAGCACCAAAAUGGGAAGUAAGUUCAAAAUCCUUGAAUCAAUCUUGAAACACCCUACGACGGUAUCAUUCGUCCGAUCAAAAACAACCUCAGCCCAGUACGUAUCAUCAAGAUUCAGAGAUCCCACAUUCGAAAAACUCAUGGACAAGUACAAGAACUUCCUCAAAGUCAUCUCCAUUCAAGACCUCAUUCUCGCUAACCCAACCAACAAAAACGACCCUCCUUCAGUGUCCCUUGAUUUCCUCAAUAGACUCUCCCAAAAGCUCCAACUCAAUCGUGGCGCCACUGCUUUCUUACGCAAGUAUCCCCACAUUUUUCGUAUCUUCUAUGAUCCCACUAGGUCCCAGCCCUUUGUUAAGCUGACCGAUGUCGCCUUUGAAAUUUCCCGCCAAGAAGCUGAAGCCAUCAAUGCUUCUUUGCCUCUAGUUGUUGAGAAGUUAGUUAGGUUGUUAUCAAUGUCCACUUCGAAAUCUUUGCCUCUACGCGCUGUUUUUAAGGUUUGGAGGGAGCUUGGGCUGCCUGAUGAUUUUGAGGAUUCGGUGAUUGCACGAAACUCGAAAAAUUUUAAGCUUUGCGACGGUAAUGAACCAAAUACUCAUGUGUUGAAACUGUUUGAUGAAAUGCGUGGGAGAGAUUUCACUGCGGCAGUUGAUAAUUGGAGGGUGAUGGAGUGUUGUAGAGAGGAUUGUGAAGUUAAUGGAAUGGAUUUACAUUACAGUUUUAAACAAGGGUUUCCGUCCGGUAUGAGGUUGAGUAAAGAUUUUAAGGCUAAGGUAAAGGAAUGGCAGAGGUUGCCUUACGUGGGGCCGUACGAGGUAAUGGCAGAGAAUAAGAAAACUAAGUCUGGGAUUAAGAGAUCGGAAAAACAGGCAGUUGCUAUUGUGCAUGAAUUUUUAAGUUUGACAGUGGAGAAGAUGGUGGAAGUAGAGAAGAUUAGUCAUUUUAGGAAAUGGCUUGGGAUUGAUUUUAAUAUUAGAGAUUUGUUCUUGGAUCACGCGGGUAUAUUUUACUUGUCCACCAAAGGGAAGAAACAUACUGUUUUUCUGAGGGAGGCGUAUGAGAGGGGGCAGUUAAUUGAGACUAAUGUAGUGUAUGAUUGUAGGAGAAAGCUUCUUGAUCUUGUUGUUUUGGGUCGUCAUGGUUUGAUUACUGGUGGUUUUAAAUGUGGGGAAGCUAGUAAGAGUGGAGAGUCUGAAUCACAAGAAGAGGAUAGUGAAUGAAGUAAUUGUUUUUCAUCUUUUUGAG